AUGAGCAAGUCACUAGGAAAUAUCGUAAGCCCUUUGAUGGUCGUUCUGGGAGGAACUAUUCUGGAUACGACGACUUCAAUUUUGGCGCCAAUCCUUCCUCAUUUGGCUGAGGAAAUACAUCAGCAUCUGGCUCGUGAUCAGAAUCUUCAUCCGAAAUCGAAAUCUUUCUUUGAGAAAGGUGGGAAACCACCAGAUCUGGAAUGGGAAGAUUACGCAGCAGCGAAGGAUAUGAGUUAUCUUUUGAAGAUCAGGAAGGCGGUUCUGGGCUUAUUAGAGGAAGCAAGGGGGCAUAAAAGAGUUAAAAGCUCCCUAGAAGCGGGGGUAGACAUCCUGCUGCCAAAAAAGGGAGGGAAUUAUCCUGUUGUGGAACUACUGAAACGAGAAGAACAAAUACUCAAAACAAAAACGCUCUUCAUCACUCCGGAUGCAUGUCUGUUCGACGAAGGCUCCCUCGGAAGUGGUUCACAGUCCUCGGCGUGGGUAUACACAGAGUCACUGGACCUUGGGGAAGAUUUCGGUUUUAUGGAGAGCUAG